UGAUUAUCUCCUCAUCUCUCAGUGCUCAUAAUGUUAUGCCUGAUCAGUGUAUUUCAUUGGCUUGCCUUGUCACAUUUAUUUAUUGAUUGUUACUUGCUGUUUGGCAUCUUUUUUCUGCUAACAUUUGAACUGUUCAAGCAUUUCUUUAACAAUCUUUGGGGGGGUUUUUUUUGGCAAAAAAAAACUUGUCCUCUUCACUCAUGUCCUUGUUAUAGCACUGAAAUGUGACUUGUGAUCUCUGCAUCACUAGAUAUUACAAAAAAGCAACCAUCUCGCUGUCGAAUAUCACCUCUUUUUUACAAUUCAGAGCGCUGGAGAUACAGGAGAUGAAAGAGUUGGCUCAUAAACUUGAUAAACUGAUUCAAAUGAUCAGCCUGCCAAAUUUUCCUUCGUUAGAUCCCCCUCUAAUUGUUGAAGAGUGAAUUACCACUUAUUGAUUUUAUAUCAGUUUAACUCGUUUGGACCUCGUGUGAAUUCUGGCAUUGUUCACAAACCGAUUCAUGUGAUUCUCAGCGUCCUAAUCGAGCUCUCACACCUGACCUGAUGUCUUGUCCUCUCUCUCUUUCUCUCAAUAAAACCAUUUCCACUCAAAUAACUCAGUAUUAAUAUAUUUGUAGAAGUCUAGAGGCCUGGUACACCAUGACGUCCUUCAUUAAGAGCUGGAUGUUGGAUGAAAUGGUAAAAUGGAAUGAUUAUAUCCUCCUUAUCUGAACUCACAGGACCAGAGUAACAGGAGCUUUAGUGCAGAGCGGCCAUCUUGGCAAGCCGAGUGUGAGGUAGAGCGGAGAAAGGCGUCGACACCCUGUGCUGUACCUCACGCUGAGAGGAGUCCUCCAGCUGCCAUGGAGCCUCCUGGGUUUCAUCCUCCUUCAGGCAUGGAGAGCGCCAGAGUCGGUGAAAUGCAGCAGAACGUACUGCUCGAGGUUCUCAGCUACUGCAGGGCCCUGCAUGCAGCAGUGCACAGGCUCGAGCAGAAGAUCGACAACAUGCAGGCCGAAUGCAGGAACCAAAAGAUCUCAGAAAAGCCGACUGUGUCAGUAGGAGGCGCUCAGCUCUCCCGCUCCCUCGCUCAGCGCCUCGGACCUUCACCUCAAGCAAAGCUGCUGAGAGACUCCGAGUGGCUGCAGGACACAGCAAACGUCCGAGGAAAGAGGGACAAGCGCAGGAGACGUCGAGCUCGCAGAACGUCCGAGACGCAACAGGAAGUAGCGAGACAGGUGAAAGAGAAGGAGCCACGAGAUCACGCUGUGCAGAAGAGCAGCAGGGUGAAGUGGUGGAGAAAGAAAAGGAAACAUCAUGCUGCAGCUCGAUCUGACCUUGAGGAGGCACCAAGCAAGGAGAGGAAUGCUAAUGAUUAACUUAGAGAAUCAGAAAGUGCACAAGGUGCCGUGUCGUGUCCAGGAUCAUCUGACUGCUGGACAUGUGACUGGACGUUAGCGCUUCAUUUCCGUGUGUGAUGAUGCUCCUGUUUCACACUCAUCUGUUUCUACUGUCUAAAUGUAAUGUUGGAAUAAAGAUACGUUGUGUUUUUUUGUUUGUUUUUUUAUUAACUGUUCAUUUCUCUUCAAGUUUCUAUUUGCAAAUAAAUUAAAAUGAC